AUGAACGCAGAUACGUGCGUCUCAUACUGCGACAUGACCUCGUUGGAUUCGUAUUACAAUGCGUCCGCCUCUCAAGGCAGAGAGCACCAGGCGAAUCCGUUUAGGACUUUCGGCCCCAGCGAAGCCAAAUUCAGUCCCACGUUCGCGGCGAGUAAAGCGCCAGGAUACGGGGAGAAGUCUAGGAGUCCUUUUCACACUGAGUGCCCGUCGCUACAGGACGGCGCAGAGGGAGAGGGCCCCUUCCACAAGUACCAGCUCUUCAUGCACAGGCCCACCUGCAAGACCCCCCCUGAGGGCGGCAAGUUGCACUCGGACGGGGUAAUUUCUUGUUACAAGGUAAUUAACCCUUCCCCAGCCAAGUGGAGAAAGAGGGAACGCUUUGGCCAAAUGCAACAGGUUCGAACGCAUUUCUCGACGGCUUACGAGCUUCCGCUUCUAACUCGGCCUGAGAGCUACGCACAGAUUCAAAACCCUUCAUGGAUCAGCGGCAGCAGCGGUGCCUCUCCGGUACCAGGUUGCAUUGUGCCUUGUGAUAGUGUCCCCCCUUGUAUGCCCCCUCAUCCUCAUAGUCAUGGAGGGGUCCCCGACUUCCUCGGUGUGCCCAGCCCAGGAAGCAGUCACAUGGGACAGACGCAGAUGGGCGGUCUGUUUGGAGGAGCUGGAAUGGUUGGAGGGAUAAACGGCUAUGACCUCAACGUAGAUCCGGACCGCAAGUCUUCCAGCAUAGCAGCACUGCGGAUGAAGGCCAAGGAGCACAGCGCCACCAUUUCUUGGGCUACAUGA